GGUCAACCACCCAGACCUACGCCUUUUGAGUCCUGAAUCAUGAGUCUACCCGCAGGGCUUGCCCUUUUGAUCGUCAAGUGGAUCUAUGGAACAUGGGACGAUGAGCUGCAAACUGCUACAGCCAAGCCCGGUCGAGUGAUGAUCCUGAUCAUGUUGCUGCUCCUAUCAGUUGAGGCUUUCAGUCUUUGGAUUGCUUUUAACAAAGGUUGCUUGCGCGGGCAGAAGUCUUGGAAUUUCGACGACGUGAUGCUGCUGACCUUUGUGGCGUUCUUGACUAUUUGUCUUGCCGGCGCUGCAGGGACAUUUCUGGCGUUCGCUGCUGGCUGGUUCCAGGCUUCGAAAAUUGAUGGAAGUGUCCAUGCAAUCGUCAACCAAAUGAUAUGCAUCACCUCCAGCUAUUUUAGUAUUGUGAUUUUUUGCUUCGCUGCUGUCCUUGCCAUCUUUGGAGUCUGGAUGUUGGUGACACCAGUCAUUGGUCUUGGGCUCCUGGGAGCUGUGUAUUUGGUUGCAGCUGUGUUGCUUUUACAAGGCUCGGUUUCCCUGCUGGAGAAGAGGAACCCCAAUCAGACUGUUCGGUUUGUCAGGUCUUUCCAUCGUGCACAGGCGUCUGUCGACCAGCAUCCAGAGAAACUAUUGGAUCAUGUUCAUUUGCGAAAGGGUGGUGGUCUCUCAGAGCGUGGACCGUUUCAGACAUUGCUACGGCCAAGCAAAAAGGAUUGCUGUUUGUUGGUGUUUCUCCUUGCUCGCAUGGGCAUCAACAUUGCCAAUACCGUCCUACCAGCGGCACGUGGAGUCUAUGCUUUGGCUGGAGUGGUUUUUGAGUGGCCAGCAGAGUUACCAUCAGCCCAACAGCUAAUUGUGAAUCUGAUUGAAGCUGUCUUUGUCGUGCAGUUCCUUUGGCAGCUGCUAAAGACCUCCUUCUUAAUGCACUUCUUGAGACAGAGAUUCCGUGCAGGGCUUAUUGAAUCACUUCCUUCCAUCAUGGAUAGCGACCAAAUGUUGCACCAUCUUCAUGGCAACAUGAGCAGCAUCGCAAACUAUUCCUUACUUCGUAGUAUUAGUGCUUUGAACAUCAGUAAGGCAAUUGAUAUAUACCAACGCAGCGGCCAUCUGCAAUUUUUUCAGGCCAUAGUUCAUGGAAUUCUGGCCGUCAUUUCUUUGUCCUUGAAGGUCUCUGCGGUCUCGCCCAUUUUGGCCGUUGGCGUUGCAAGCUGGAGGUUUGCCGACUGGAGGGUGUUUGUGGCCUUCAUUAACAACAUCUCUGGUAUCACGAACCUCAAAGAGAUUGAGGGCCGAGUUCUUGAGGAAUUUAUUUUUGGUGACGACAUGCAAAUCGCCAGCGUUGAAGAGAUGGCUCUAUUCAUCAGUUGGCGAAGCCAUUUAUCUUUGCAACUCUUGCAGGCCAAUGAUGGAUGGGUAUUCAAGAGUCUAGCGGUGAUCAAUGGUUGGUCCACCAAGAAGACCCAAGAUUUUAUCCUGCGUCGAGACUGCCCCCGAUGGAUCCACGAAGUGACGCGAGACCCAGAGAAUACCGAGGCGACAGCUACCAGUGCGACUGCUUGAGUCGUGCGGAAAAGAGGCAAAGGUGUGACUUGUGCCCUGCAACAAAAGUGCAUCACUAAACUA